AGGAAGAACUUCCCUUCAAAUCUGGAUGUUUAUAUUUCCCAUACCAAUUGCUUYGCUUUUAUGAUGCUUACAAAAUAUUUUGCUUUCACGACCAAUCAAAAAAUGUACCUCGUUGCACGCCACUAAUGCGCAGCAUUCKUUGAACAAAGCUCCAUCACAAUGCACCCAUAAACCCUUUGAUAAUGGCCACGGGAAUGUUUCGAUAUUUUGGAACAGCAACGGUAACGGCCAGAAGYSAGUAGUACAGAACCUUCAAUGGAACCAAGCCGGUACGAGUGGGUGUGAUGCCGAAUCCCAUGGCGGAUCGAUACUCAUAAGACACAGAAUCGUAUCCGAUGCUGUUUUUCCUUCGCAUGGCAUAAUCUUUGGUGUAUCGGGGUCCACAAAGAAUCCCGAUGAUUACUCCGCCAAAGAACCCGCCGACAUUGGUGGCCAUACUAACAUUGUCCAUUAAAAAUGCCAACACCGCCAUGGCCGCCACACCCUGAGCCAGCUGGCCCGCAGUGCCGCCAYCGGUGCGACUGGGGUUGGCUCGGGCCAUCCGCGUGAGACAGACAAACAUCAAACCAAACAAACCGCAGAUUCCACCGUUCGCCCCCAGGUAUAUGUUGGGGUCAAAUAUGCGGUCGCUGCUGUUCAUUAGGUGCCCUAGGUUCCCCGCAAUUAUGCUUCCAAAAAAACAUGUCAGGUACAACGGUGCCCCCAAACCGCUUGCAAGCCAGGACGGCUGCCGAGCCAAAACGAAAAUGUCGAUGAAGAGAUGCGGGAGGCUGUUGUGAAAUAGCCCGGAUGUGAUAUACCGAUAGGAUUGCCGAGCUUUCGAAAAGACAGCAGAAAAACCAAAGGUAGUCGUCAGAGGUCCAGUAAUGGACGCCGAAUCCCAUAUCGAAUCGACGAUWAUUUCCAUUGCGUGGUCGGGCCAGUAGGAUGGAAAUUUUCGUUUGCAGUAUACAACCGUGGUUAUUACUUGAUAACAGUAGAUAAGAAUCUGCAACGCUAUCAACGAAAUUUUUGUCUUGCUUUUGAUCGCGGUAUCCAAUAACAUUUGGCGCCUAGAAAAUCUCCGCCGGAUGCGGCUUGUCCAGCGCAUGUCGUCGCCGUCCCAUUGAUCCAUUUGGAGGGACGUAUAUUCUSUUCGAUCCGGGAAGCUUGACUUUCGUAGGCAACGAYUUGAUGGGGUCUUUUGCCGGUGGAGGUUCUGAACCGACGGGACAAUGUAUCUCGAUCGUGCCCAUCCCUCCCUGUGUGAAGUGUGUACAACGGCAACAGCCAUCCCGGAAACACUCGAUUGCUGAAAKGCAUCGACAACCCUUGUCUCCACUAUGCAAAGGAGGACCAAGAAAUUCCUAAUUUUCUGUCUUGUAUUCAUGACUCUGCUACUUGAGACUCCAGUUAUGUGAUGCUCCUCCAGAACGGUACCCUACACUAGACUUUUUGGUCGUCGAGAAAGAAUGUAAGAAUGUUAUCAUCAGUUCUCGACGUCGUUGAUUCGUCUAGAGGGUUUUUGUGUUCAGUUGAUGAGAUGAUGUCACGGUGCGUUUUUAAAUUUUUCGAUGGUUUUUGAGAUCUUGCGUCUCAAACACCGUACAGUAUGCUAGUACUUUCCAUACCUAUGCAUUGUAAUUAGAUACGUACAGUACAGUGUACAGUGUGGGGUGAAAAAGUAAUUUUGUCCUGGUCUGCUCAUCGUACAGUAUGGUACUGUACUACGUCGUACCGUAGAUAGGGAUCGAACUUUCUGGACUAAUUCGUAGUAGUAAGUGCACAGUACCUCGUACGUAGGCACGAGCUAUUUUUUUCUUUUUCCAGAAUGCUCGUUCGAACCGCAGUUGUAACGCGCAGUACGAUCGUACCGUACKGUUAAAACAUCAGAAAUGUACAUCAUAAUAAUAAAAAUACUACUGUAAUAUUUUGACGCAGGUUAAGAGCAUUGUAGAAAAUAACAAUCAAAACCAUUUCAAUGCUACAACAAUUCUAGAGUCGUAAGCAGCCUGGCCGAUAUUGAUUGUAGGUAUGAAUAGUGGAUGCAUAGAUGAAAGACAGAAAGAAAAAGAAUAUUUAUCACUUCUUUGCAGAAGGGCCAACAAACUAAUGUAGUGUACUAUUCAUCAAUCGAAACGCUCUCGUUGUCUAUCUYCUCAAUUGGUCACAACAAUUCUCGAUGGUUCUUGUCCAUGGCGUAGUAUUUGCAAUAAUUUUUCUCGAUGCCAUCGGRGAAUAUAUAAUCUUGWUCCUCACUUUCAGAAGUAUCUAGGUUUGUCGCUUUCGUCAUUUCUAUAUCAGCUGCUGCUGUGCAUUGUUGAGUUUGAUCAAGAGAGAUGAAAAAAAAUACUUAUAAUACGUAAUUUGUUCAUCCAUCCAUCCAUCCAUCCAUCCAUCCAUCCAUCCAUCGUUCCUUCCUUCAUUCAUACCAAUUGCUUCUGCGCACACCCUAGUUUUUCUUCUCCCUGGUUGACUUAAGUGUGGGGAUUGGCUUUCUCGCAGCUCCCCGAAGUUCCAUCUGUUCCUUGAACUUCUUGACGUUGCAGAUUCCCGGAAAGAARUGCGGUUGACCAUUUCCAUAGCUAUCAAAGGCCGCGAACCAACGGUUCCACUUGUACUCGGGGGUUUCGGUUUCCUUGAAAUAGCAAAUCACGGGGAAGUCUUCCGAUGGGAAGAACCCAUAGUUGAUAAUGGUAUCAUACUUCCAGCGAUUGGGGGUUCCCGACACAUAAUUGUCGGGCUUUCGCACCAGUUCUGCCUUGCCGUUUUCGUAGUCGAGACGGGGGCCCCUGACGUUGUAGAAUUCAAAGGCGUCCUUUUCAAAAACACAACGAACGCGGGAMGUCUGGACCCACAGAAGAGUGGCAAAUAGAAUGUGAAAUCCACCCCCAAARAUCCCAAUAAGCGAUGGACUGCCAUCGGGCAUGUAGGCUUUUACGAAAAUCGAAAGAGCAGAUCGAAAUAGCAAAUAKCACUUGUCAGUCGCGUGCGAUGCCAUACGCUAUAAGUAUGUUGGGUAUCAUCAACAGCAUUGAAACAUGCAGUAAAWUAUAGAAUGCAUUGGCUCGGUCACGGAAUCAAGGCAUACAUAACAGUUUGCAACUGUAUUCUGAAGGGGAUCUAUCGUAAUACGAGACCAAUUAACGCAGGGCGRAACGCAAAGCAACACGAUUUAACAGAACGUACAAGGGUGGUACCACAUGAUGAGCGGCCCGAGAAGACCCACCGCCCAGGUAAGGAAGAAGCUCGGAGGCACAACGACAUCCUUCAUCAUCAUUCGGUUUAGCCUUGAAAACUUGGGGUCUACCACGGGAGUAGUCGUUUCGUGCACGUGCAACGGUUUGUCGGACCAGCUGUCCCCAGGCGGUGGCAUCGAAACCGCAUCGAGAGCGGUGGUUGCCGUGUGGCUGAUGGUAUGCAUGGGAGCAAAUGCCAGGCCCGUGCCGGCGCACASGGAAAGCAAUAGGAUACGAAGCUUCAUUUUGGUUUCUGUCUUGAUGUUUGAGGAGACUGGUGAUGUGUAAGAUCCAAUWCAACAGUGGAUAGAGAAGAAUGAUGCGAAGUGUUUAUUCGUAACGAAUAC